AUGGCAGGAAGACAUAAUCAUAAUCAAGGAAACCAAGGUGGGCUCCAAGUGAACCCACCUGCACAAGAAGAGGAGGAAGAUGAGAAUAUAUUUGCGGAAUUCAUCAAUGAAGCUGAUUAUGCUUCUGCUGUGGUCCCUCCUAGGACUGGAAAUGCUACUUUCAAAAUUGAUAGUUCUAUCUAUCAGCUGCUGAAACUUGAAGGUUAUUUCCGAAAUUCUUCGGAGGACUGUCCACUCCGACAUUUGAAGAACUUCCUGCACGUAUGUGCUCAACAAUCUCAAGGUGUUGUUUCUGCUGAUGCACUUCGGUUACGGGUCUUCAAAUAUUCCUUGGCUGGCCAAGCAAGGGAAUGGUAUGAAAAGCUUCCCAGCAAUUCUAUUCAUACCUGGAGCGAGCUAGCCAAUACAUUUCUGAAGAAAUGGUUCCCACCGAGCAAAAAGGCUGAACUUCGAGAUAAGAUCUUUGAGUUCAAACAGCUCCCGGGGGAACAAUUAUAUUCGGCAUGGGAGCGGUUCAAGUACUAUCUAGCUCAAUCUCCAACUCACGGGUUUUCGGAUGCUAUUCUCACCGAGAAAUUCUACAAGGGCUUAGAUACAAUGAAUCAGAUUGCUGUCAAUACUGCCGCGGGAGGAUGCUUCAUGGACAAGUCAUUUAUCAACAUCACCCGUUUGCUUGAUAAACUCACCACCCACAAUCAAGCUUGGCAUUCAACUGAUAGUGAGAGUCUCUCUUAUGGUAGUCCAUCACUAGCUGCUGUUGCAAAAGAAAACCACGAGAGAGAUCAUGCCUUUGCUCAAUUGCAAACCACGGUGGAUCUAUUAUCAAAGAAGUUGGCAGAAAAGGAUGCACAGGGGGUAAAUGUUGUUGAGGAGUUACCACCUCAUCCACAGGGGAUGUAUCAAGUCCCUGAGGGGAUGUACCAAGAUGGGCAACAACAUUAUGAAGAUGCUAAUUAUGUCAACAACUCCCAAGGGGGUUAUCAAAGGCAAAAUUAUCAAGGUCCGGGCCAUCACCCAUGGCAAAAGCCUCAACACCAAUUGCAAGGGAACAAUUAUAGCAGAAAUGAUCAGGGAAAUCCAAAUCAAGGGAAUUACAAUAACAACAAUUAUGGCAACAAGAGCUCUAACCCCUACAUUCCACCAAGGGGGCAAGCAUCAAGUUCCCAACAGUGGAGAGACAAUUCAGCUAGCAACUCUGCUAGCAAUGCUGCUAAUGAUUCUGCGGAGCUGAAAAGUAUGAUGCAGAAAAUGCUAAUGAACCAGGACAGAACUGAAAGUACAAUAAAGGGAAUGUCUCAGGUUCAACUAUCUCAUUCAAAUUUUCCCAUUCGAAGCUUGAAUCGCAAUUCGAGAGACCUUUCCAGAGAAGUGCAUACUUCUCAACGUGGACAACUACCAAGUGAUACAGUUCCAAAUCCGAAAGGUAGUGGGGUAAACUCUGUGGAGCAUGUAGCUGCUAUUAGCACCCGAAGUGGAAAAAUACUUCAAGGUGCUGAUAAAAAGGUGAUUGAUCUUGAGCCAAUUAUUGAAGAAGAGGCACACACCGAUGUGUACGAUGUUAUUGUGGAGGAAGAAACGAGAGGAGGAAGUCCCUAUUAUAGGCGAAGAGGAACAAAAUCUUGA